AUGGCUAAUUCCACCAUGGUGACAGAAUUCCUUCUCAUGGAUUUUUCUGAUGUAUUGGAGUUAAGAAUUCUUCUUGCCUUCUGUUUUUUACUUACUUACUUGGCUACUUUGUUAGGAAAUCUGCUCAUUGUCACCACCACUACCCUUGACCAGAAACUCUACACACCCAUGUACUUCUUUCUGAGAAAUCUGUCCAUCCUCGACAUGUGCUAUGUUUCUGUCACUGUCCCCAAUGCCUGUGUUAACUGUAUCACUGAAAAUAGGGCCAUUUCAGUGACUGGCUGUGCGACUCAGGUCUUCCUUGUGUUUUGGUUUGCUAGUACAGAGCUACUUUUCCUCACCAUCAUGGCCCAUGACCGCUAUGUGGCCAUCUGCCAGCCCCUCCACUACUCAGUCGUCAUAAACUCCCUAUUCUGUGUCAGGAUGACAUUGAUUUCCACACUCUGUGGUCUCAUCUAUGCAAGCGUGCAUACUGGCAACACAUUCCGGCUCUCUUUCUGUCAGUCCAAUGUGAUCCACCAGUUCUUCUGUGACAUCCCCUCUCUACUGAGACUCUCCUGUUCUGAUACCUUUAACAACGAAAUACUGAUUCUAAUAUCUGCCAUUGGGAUGGGUGGUUGCUGCUUUAUUUUCAUUGCUGUAUCAUAUGUCCGCAUAUUUUCUACCGUGCUCAAAUUCCCAGCAAGAGAGCAAGGAAAGGCCUUCUCCACUUGUGUUCCCCACAUCCUUGUGGUUUCCAUCUUCCUCAGUUCUGGUGCCUAUGUGUAUAUGAAACGCUCAGUAACUUCUGACACAAUUCUGGACACGAUUCUUUCUAUAUUUUAUACUGUAGUUCCUCCUUUCUUGAAUCCUAUCAUUUACAGUCUGAGAAACAAACAAGUAAAGGAAGCUGUAAGUAAAGUUAUAUUAAGAAAUUUUUGUUUAGGGAAAUUAUAA